ACGGGGUUGUUCCCGGGACCUGAUGGCUUGACAGGUGCGUGACAAUCCAGCUCUUCAAGCAUGUACGCCAAAGGCAAGAGUAACACUGUACCUUCUGACAGCCAAGCCCGGGAAAAGUUAGCACUGUAUGUAUAUGAAUAUCUACUCCAUGUAGGAGCACAGAAAUCAGCACAAACAUUUUUAUCAGAGAUACGAUGGGAGAAAAACAUAACAUUAGGAGAACCACCAGGAUUCUUACAUUCAUGGUGGUGUGUGUUUUGGGAUCUCUAUUGUGCGGCACCUGAACGAAGGGAAACUUGUGAACAUUCAAGUGAAGCAAAAGCCUUUCAUGAUUAUAGUGCUGCAGCAGCUCCUAGUCCAGUGCUAGGAAACAUUCCCCCAGGAGAAGGAAUGCCAGUAGGUCCAGUGCCACCGGGUUUCUUCCAGGGACCACCAGGUUCACAGCCCUCGCCACAUGCACAACCUCCACCACACAACCCCAGCAAUCCCAUGAUGGGACCUCACAGCCAGCCUUUCAUGUCACCUCGUUAUCCAGGAGGCCCCAGGCCACCACUCAGAAUACCCAACCAGCCACUUGGAGGAGUCCCAGGAACACAACCUUUGCUUCCCAGUGGAAUAGAUCCAACACGACAACAAGGGCAUCCAAACAUGGGUGGGCCGAUGCAGAGAAUGACUCCUCCACGAGGGAUGGUUCCUCCUUUAGGACCACAGAGUUACGGAGGAGGAAUGAGGCCCCCGCUGAAUGCUUUAGGUGGCCCAGGCAUGCCUGGCAUGAACAUAGGUCCUGGAGGCGGUCGACCAUGGCCAAAUCCACCAAAUGCCAACUCGAUACCAUACUCUUCAGCAUCUCCUGGAAACUAUGUGGGACCCCCUGGAGGUGGAGGACCCCCAGGAACCCCCAUCAUGCCUAGCCCAGGAGAUUCAACAAACUCCAGCGAUAAUAUGUACACCAUAAUGAAUGCAGUACCUCCUGGAGCAAACAGGUCUAAUUUCCCAAUGGGACCUGGCUCAGAUGGUCCAAUAGGUGCAAUGGGCGGAAUGGAACCACACCACAUGAAUGGAUCAUUAGGCUCCGGAGACAUGGACGGUAUUUCCAAGAAUUCUCCCAGUAACAUAAGUAUGAGUAACCCGCCUGGUACUCCACGUGAUGAUGGAGAGAUGGGUGGAAACUUCUUGAACCCCUUUCAGAGUGACAGCUAUUCUCCAAGCAUGACGAUGAGUGUGUGAUCUUGUAUCCAUCUUCUUGAUCAAGACCAGAAUGGGUUGCCCUCUUAAACAAUGAAAUAAGUGCAUCCAAGAGAAGAAUGAAAUAUUUUACAAAGGUCUACAGAAAACAGAUGUUUCGAUUCUAGGAAAGACCUGUUGUUGUUCUGAAAUGACAGCAGUGUCUCAUUGUGUACUGAAAGCGGGUCCAAAACAUUCUUUUAAGUUUACAAAACCUCAGAGACUGAACAGUUCAACCAUUUAAAUGUAGGAGAUGCCUGAAUUAGGCAACACACAGUAACUUACAUGACCUCCCACAGUAUAACAAGACAUGGUAUGCUUAAUUCAGCUGUUUGAAAGAAUACAAUCACAAACGCAGCUUAACUUGAUACUGUUUUCUUUUGUUUUUCCCUUCUAAAUUAAUUUUGUAAUCUACUUAUCAGAAUACGCUCAUUGUAGUUUUGUAAUGCAUAAACAAGCACUGAUGAUUCCUCUCUUAUGCUUUAUAAGACAUUGUUGAUAUAAAAAAGUCCUAGUUAGCAGAAUAAUAUAGACGAUUUCUCAAAUUGGAAUUAGCCAAAUACAAGAUAAAUGUGGAAGGGAAAAAUGAAACAAAAUAAAUAUCUUAAAAGUUAGUGUUGUGUUCAGUAAGUGUCAUUCUUUGAAUUAGAACUACGUUAAUUGUCCUGUGAAAUAGGAGUGAGCCUGUCUUUUUAAUUGUAGAGUGCAGUGGUGGGUUUAGGUCCUUAACUACAGUCCCAGCAUAUCACUGUUUGAACACUAGACUGAAUGUGCUUAUGGUUACUGACAAAAACUAGUAAGUGCUAUAGUUGUAGCAGCUCGGUAAUUGCAGACAUCUGCUUUUAAUCCCACCCCCUCAAUAGCAGUAAAAUAUGCUGAGAUGUAGUGGUCUGUCAAUGCAAUCAGGACCAUUUGAUGGUAAAUUGUGUGACCUCAGUCCACCACUAUUAGACAAUGGCCAUUCUUCCUAAUUUAAUGUUGCCCCAUAAAGAUCUGCAUUUUAGCCAUUACCUCUUUUUAAAAAAAAUUGAAAAUGAAACUAUCUUUUGUAAAUUUUCAUGUAUUCCUUAUUCUUCUUCCUUCUGUGCAAAAUGAUAUAUUGUAAAUGUACAUUAUGUGUAGAUUGUAACAAACUGAAGUUUUUUGUUUGUUUUUGUUUUGUAUGUGUGUGAGUGAGGGUUCUCAAAGUUACUGCAGUUAGGGCCUUUUUCUAUGGGAAAAUGUUCUGGUCUGAGAAUGGAAUUGGUGUAAAAGUAAAUUUUGUACAAAUUGCAGGCCAACUUUUUCUGUUCUCGGACCACAUAAAAGGAAGAUAAUAUGUUUCAAGGGGAUUUACUGAGAUUUUCCCAAAAGGAAUUGUGAUUAUAAAAUACAUUUUAUCAUGCAUGUUAAAGAAUUAUACUAAUGCUGGUAACAGUUAGAGGGUAACUCCAGACUCUAAUUAUGCAGUUGAUACUUUGGUGUUGCUAGUAAAUUUUAUAUUGUAGACCAUGAAUUCAAGUAUAGAACCUAUUUUUUUUAAUUGCCCGGGGACUCAGGCAUGUGAACUAGUGAUAUUGACUGCAGAACACCAGGCAGAAAAUGGCAAUUGGUAUAACUGUCAAAAGUAUUAGUAAUCUAGAUAUUGCUUAUAAUUGUGUCAAUAGAUCCCUAGUAACAAGUAUUGAAUUGUGAGCAAUUGUACACUUGGAUGUGUUCUUUUCCCAAUCAGUGAACACUAAGCGGAAUAACAAAGAAGAAGAUUUGUAAAUGUAAUCCAUUCCCUGUGUUUUCUCAUUUGGAAAGGCCCUAACAAACCGAAGCGGAGUUUCUCUAAAACAAACCAAUCAUUUUAUUUUUUUAUCUUUUUGCUCGCAUGAGGAAAUGAUACAUAUAAGCAAAAUAAAAAAUAAGCACCACCACACCCUAAAACAAAGGGUAACAUGGUCAGUCAGACCUUUUUAUCUUGUAUUAUCUUUUGAAAAUGGUUUAUAUAUUAACCAGAAAUGUAAUACCAAUACCAAGUUAAACACGUAGUUAUCGUACCUGAUUUUGAGGUAUUCAGUCUGAAUACAAUGCUAAUUGCUGAGGUGGUUAUAGUUCGCUUCCAUUAGUAGCAAUUUGCUGAAAUAUGACGACUUUUAUUUUGUGAAUUUUGUGAUGUCGUGCCAUAUUUAUUGGCAUAUUUAAUGUUGUGAUUCAGAGUAUUGUGAUUGGGUUCUGGGAAGAACUGGCUUGUUCUCAAGAAAUAUUUUGAGUGUGCUAGCAAUUGUUGUACGAGACGUGGUUUGUACAAAAUCAGCCACGACUUUCAAACUGGGAAGCUUUUUCACUGAACCAGGUCAAAAUACUAUUAUCUCUUUAAGCUUCAUUGGAACCCUGAGUGCAUCAGGGCUCUUUUAUAUUUUAUCUGUUUUUAGAGUAUAGAUGAGUUGUUCUUCAGAACUGGGAUGAACAGUUUUAUUCAUCCAAGUUGUUUGUCUCGUCUUAUAACAUGCAACCACUUAAGUGAAAGAGAUAUCACAACAUUAGCUCAUUGAGUACUUGGAUUGCAUAUUAGCAGCAGAUAACUUGUUCCGUUUUUCAAAAACCACUGCCCAGCACCACCAGAACCUGAUAGAAAUUGUGCAUUCUUGCUAUGUGUCUGCUUAUUGUUUUCUUUUUUAUAAACUAUUUAUAGCUUAUUAAAAUUCACUUGGUUUUCUUGCUGA